CGCGCCAAAACUAUUAAACGAUCUUCUGCGAACAGUCAACAUGUUUUCKGGGAUUCUGCUUUUAUUAACAUUCUCUUUGGUAGCAAAUAUUGAAGGUAGAUCAGUUAAAAAAGACCAUGUGAUUUCCAAGAGGGAUGCGGUUACACGCUUAAGACGUUUAUGGCCAGCGGUAAUUGAUUACAAMUACAAAGUUGAGAGCGUCAAUAUACCUUAUACGGUAAAGAAAGGAUGGUGGUGGAGCGGUCUUGGCACUAGUGAUGAAAGCAAUAUUCGCGAAGCAAUGUCAGUUAUCGAAGAACAYACGUGUAUUCGCUUUGCGCCGAGAAAGAAACAGCGUGACUACAUAGAGUUUUAUAAAGAUGAAAAUAAUUACUGUGAAUCGGAAAUUGGUCGCAUAGGAGGUAAGCAGACCAUAUCUCUUGGAAAUGGCUGCAGAAACCCAGGUCACGUGACACACGAAAUUAUGCACUCGCUGGGAUUUUACCACGAACACACAAGRCCAGAUAGAGAUAACUAUGUAAAGAUACUAUGGAAUAAUAUCAAAAAAGGUKACGAAGCACAGUUCAAAAUGCGUUCAUCUAGUGAGCUGACGAGUUUGGGUCAACCGUACGACUUCCGGUCUAUCAUGCAUUACCAUCGAAAAGAAUUCAGUAAAAAUGGUCAAAAUACAAUCGAAGCUAUACAAGAUGCUAACAUGACGCUGGGUUCUGUGAGUUCGCUGUCAGCUAUUGAURUCAUGCAGGUUAACCGGCUGUACAGAUGUCCGCAGGCCGCAAUGCAAGUUGACAAUUAUCAUUUGACCGCUUACACUGGUGAUGAUGUGUUCGCGGGCACUGAUGCUAAAGUAUUUGUGGAAUUGUAUGGUAACCAUGGAGMCCAUGAUGUGAACUCAGGAGAGGUACAGCUACUCUCGAAAGAAGGACAUUUUGAAAGUGGAAGCGAGGACAAGUUCAACAUCAUCUCGCCCGAUCUAGGACUUCUAACCAAAAUGACCGUUAGACAUAACAACAAAGGCACCGGACCAGCUUGGUUCUUGAAUAAGAUAACAGUUAUAGAUGACAAGCGAGGCAAGGAGUAUACAUUCCAAUGUUCUUGCUGGCUGUUGGGAUCGCAUAACACCAAAACUCUUUUUCCUGUUAAAUGAUCAAAAGAAUGAAUUGAACUUAUGUUAUUAGCUCUUUAAAUAUGRCAUUUUACUUUGUCUUAUCUCGCCCGUAUAUUGGUCGAUAAAGUAUGUCAAUUAAAUAUUCUYGUUUUGUUCCAUUUUGCGAUCAGUCGCAAGUCAUUCACAACCAAGUCUCAAUUUUUGGCCCAAAACUUUUCUUGUAUCAUGCUCUUCAAUUUUUUCAAAACUUCUUUGUUUCAUUGCUGUAUUUGUUUGUCCGUUUAAAUUCAUUAUUUUUCAUAUUAAACAAUUGCUUCGGAGAAAAAUUCA